CUCAUCAAAUAAUUACCCAGAGGCCAAAGCAUCCUCUCAUCUUCCCCAAUACUCUUCAACACUUCACAAUCCAGCAUGGCUUCUACUUCUGGGAACUCCAUCCUCGUAACUUUCCUUGUGGCUCUCACAUUCUCAAGCAUGAUGAUGAGUUCGAGUGUCGUAGCUGGUCGUCAUCUUCUGCAAACGACACAGCCUUCGAUACCAAACAUGCCUGGAAUUCCAAGUAACUUGCCUAAGCCAACAGGAUUACCACCUUUGCCUUCAAUCCCAAUAACAAUGCCGCAGCCAAACAAUGUUCCUCCUUUGCCCACAAACAUUCCGAAUCUUCCUUCCAUGCCUACCAUUCCGACAGUGCCGCAGGUUUCUCUUCCUCCAUUGCCAUCAUCCUUCCCAAACAUUCCCUCCAUUCCCACCAUCCCUACCACUAUGCCCUCCAUUCCAUUCCUCUCUCCUCCUCCUUCCAAUUAAUCUCAUCAAAUCGUUCGCUUAUUCACUGCACUGUGUUGGUUGCUUUGAUCGGAUCCGUAGUAGUUAUCCAGCACACACACAUCUAAUUCGACCAUUUGUAUGGGCUUUGAUUAUACUCUUCUUCUGUCUCUGUAUGUGAGUGACAGUUGUAUGUGAUCCUAUAUUUUAUUUGUUUUCUUUUUCAGUUUUUUGGGUAUUAUUCUGGUGUGGAUUUCUUGUUAUUGAUGAUACUAUUGUUUAUGAUACAUCUUAUUAUACAAUGAUUCUGUUCUGAUAA